AUGAAUUAUGAUGCAGCUCUACACCAAAAAACAGAUAAAGCAGGCUGGGGAAUGGUUGUGAGGAACUGGCAAGGAAAGGUUCUAGGAGCUUGGGCAGUACCAAACACAAGUUGCUCAAAUCCAAAGCUAGAGGAAGCAAUAGCGCUAAGAAUUGCUAUGCUAGUGGCAAAACAGCAAGGGUGGAGAAGAAUGGAAUUCGAAAUAGAUUGUAUGCAGGUAGUGAAUGGGAUAAAUAGAGAGGAAGAUGAUGUAAUCAUUUCAACAGUAGCUUCUAAUAUUAGGAAAUUAAAGUCCAACUUUGGUGAAUGUUGUUUCACCUUCAUUAGAAGGAUAAACAACUUUGUCAGUCAUACAUUAGCUAAGAUGGCUAUAAACUUGAAAGGAUCUGCUGAAUGGAAGGAUGACUUCCCAGUCUGA